UUGACACCUGUCACUUGGGUGGAACAUUGUGGCCUUGGCUAACGUACCUCCUCUACCUACCUACCUAUGCCAGUCCCAGCUACAGUUGCUUCUCAGCUUCACCUUCACCUUCACCUUGUUGGCAAUGGAUCGUAUUAGGCCAUGGCCCAGCACAUUGCCUCCGGUACUGAUCAAGGCACAAGCACAGCACAAACACAAGCACAAGCACAUUUACAAUCACAGUUGGAGACCUCCAAAUUGUUUCUGUGUGAGCCUUGUGCGCCAGAAGCUUCAUCUCAUCUUCAAAUGCCUCUAUCCACCAUAAAACCUCUCAAAGCCAAAGUCUCAAUUCCUAAACCCCGUGUGCAAAAUUCAAUACCACAAAACCAUGUCCGUUGUUGUUUCGAGUUAUCGCAUGUCCUGUUACAUGCCGACUCAGACUGCGUUGUUGGUUCGAGUCAAGUCAUCCCACGUGAGUGCCUCUACCAUCUCCAACUCAAGCAGACGGUCAUACUCGACCUGUUCGUUCUGAACACCUUGGCCGUGAUCGGCUUCCUGCAUCGCAGGUGUGGGCUGCACCGACUGUUGCUCCUCAGCAAGCUGCUUCUUCUUGCGAACUCGCUUCUCGGCGUUGCGAGCCACUGGAUCCCACUCGGGCUUGUCAGUCUCGUUGAUGUUGAAGCUGCGACGGGCUUCCGCGUCGUACUCCUUCUUGGCAGUAGCACGGUAGCUCUCAUCGAACAGGAGGUAGCUCUGGUCACUGAAGUCCCCAACAGCCACGAUUGCUUGAAUGGCGGAGUAAGGGGAAUCGUGUUGAGGGUUGAUGAAGGCACUGAUGAGGCUCAAGGGCAGACUGUUGUCGAUACGGAUGAGUUCGUUCAUACGGUGCUGGUUGGGAUCUUGCUUCUGCUGAGCAUGGUCGGCCUCAUCAGGUUCCUCUCCAAAGAGAGACACCAUGUCAUCACUGUCUUGAGAAGUAGUAGUCUGGGAAAUUUCGGGAUCGUUCUGCUUGAUCUGCUCCUGAGACGGAGAAGCAGUCAGGUCAACGGUGUUCGUGGCAGCCUAGGCCUCGACAUCGGUGACAUCCUGGGGCGAGGUCGAUGUGGUUCCAUUCUGAAGUCCGAUUUGAGGCAGAGUGGCAGCGGAAGCCGACUGACCAACAAUUGGCUGGGUCAUGGGGAUGGGCUCGUCCAGGUUGAGCUGGGGGAUUGGGAAAGCCAAGCCAUUGUUGGAAUAGAAGAUGUUUCCAGUGUUGGCCGCCAUGGCAGCUUGAUGGUUCACGUUGGAAACUUGGGUCUGCUGGAUGAAGCCCGACUCUGGGGGAGUCAACAUCUGGCUCAUGCCAUUGUCAGCCUGUGCGGAAGGCUGAGGAAGAGUGGUUCGCUUGGCAGGAUGAGUGUCAGCCUCGUCGGAGAUGGUCUUGCGCUUGGGCGCAUAAGGCGCCGAGUUCUGGGCCAUGUUGUUGAUGUUACCAAACGCGUUGGUGGUAGGGUUGACAUGUCCAGUCGCAGCCUUGGACUUGGGCUGGGUGUUCUUCUUGGUGAUCUUGGGGGUAUUCUUAGAGGCGGUGGCAGCUGCGGACACCUGGCCGUCACCAACAGACGUCUUGGUCUUUCUGGCCUUCUUAGCAGCAGGCGCUGGUGUCGCCUCAUCACCGUCAGCAGCACGCUUACCCUUGGGAAGAGUGCCUUCAUCAGAAGUGUUCUUCUUGUUGGAUUUAGCAGCCUCGAACAGGGGGGCUUGCUCCUUGGUCAGAGAGGCGAUGAUGGAGCGCGCGAUGGUCGUGGGCUCCCUCUCGGGAUCAAAGUUAGCGUGAAGCUGAAGAGUGGUGCCAACCUUUGAGGCGAAGUCGAGGAUACUCAUGCCGGGAGGAAGCGGCAUCUUGCAGUCGAAGAUGGAUCCAUUCUGCUGAAGGUCACCAAGCAUG